AUGGAGAGCCUUAGAUGUCAAAUUGAAAGAUUUUCUUUGGAGUGCCAUCCACAUUAUAUACGUGAGCAAAGACAGGCAACUGCGCAAAAGCUUACGUUUGACAAUUUUACUGAUAUUUUGGGGUUUUUAAAAGAUGACAGAUCUUCACUUCAUUCAUGUCUUCUAGUGAGUCGGGACUGGUUUAAGAUGGUUGUUCCUUUACUUUGGUAUCGUCCAUUUGCACAUAAACUAGAAAAAGAAAAGGCGGCGCUAAUCAUAAGAACAUACGUGUCAUGUCUUGAAGAACAAGGAAGACAACGUUUAAUGGCAGAUGGCAUUAAAUUUCAUGAUUUACCGAAACCAUUUAUUGAUUAUCCCAGAUAUCUUCGAGCGUUCGACUUCGAACAUUUUCGUCAAGCUAUUGAUGAUUCAGUUUCAACUUUAGAAAUUAGCAAUCCAGCAUGUGAUAUAAUAACAACUCUUUGUAGAGAAGUUCUUGGAUAUUGUCUUUGUAAUCGUUCGUCCGGACUUCGAAUUUUAAAAAUUGAUCUAUUAAAUGUUGAACUUUAUGGUCCUUUUCUGGAUAUCGCAACGAUACCCGGGAUCGAAAAUGUUUUAUCACAACUUCAAAGAUUUGAAUUACUCUAUCUUUUCGAGACUGGGGAUGAAACUUCGAAAAGACUCUCAUCAUUAUUUACAUCAAUGUCAUCUUGUUCUCGAAACAUACAUAGCAUUUCUAUAAUUAUUCAUCGAGUGAGAACCCAUCUUCCUUCAUAUUUUAUCGAAUCAUUGGCACAAUUAAUCCAAUCACAAAACAAAUUACGUGCAUUAUCACUUAAUCGGUUUUGGAAUAUGUCAUCAUCAGCAACAAUUUUUACAGCGAUGUUAAAACAAGCAGAAUCAUUAAUUUAUCUUCGCAUCACACCAAAAGAUGAAUAUUAUGAUUUAAUUAACGUUUUAAAAUGUUGUACCAAUUUAGAGACUCUAGAACUAUUAGAUCUUUCACCAACGAAAGACAGCUAUAUGUCACUUUUAAAUAUACCAAGGAAUAUACUUAACAUUAAAAGACUUUAUUGUUAUGAUGACUGGGUAAAUAGUGAGGAUGAAGUGAUGACAAAAGCACUGAUACUCAAUAUGUGUACAGAGAAUUUAAAAAUAUUAACAUUAGAAAGUGCAAUACCAGCGUUAAUGGAUCUCAUCGGCGAGUAUUGUAGCAAGAUUACAAUUCUUUCAAUCUCAAUAUCAUCAAAUUACCUUCAAAAUCUUUUAGAAUUAAUCUCGAGACUUCCAUUAAUUCAUUUAACGAUCGGCAAAACAUCACGUAAUAAUGCCGAUAAAUUCAAUUUUACGUCUGAGAUCCUUCAGCAAUUCAUAAUUUCAGUACCAUCAACUCUGAUUUCAUUCGGGAUUAAUUUUAUAAUAGACACAGACAAUUUAGCAUAUUUGUUACGAGAAUUUCCAGUUCAAUUAAAAGUUAUUAGUCUAUAUGAAACGAGAAUGUCAUGUGACGAGGUGUUAUAUAUUAUAUUAGAAUAUGCGAUAGCCAGAAGAAGUCUCAAAGAACUUAGAUACGAGAUGAGAAAGAGCAGGUAUAUGACUAGUUUUUCGGAAAAUAUGUUAUCUAUGGCAAGAACCAUUAUACCGAUAAUUAAACAAGUUAAACAUUUUGGAGAUCCUAUUUAUGAAGAUUAUUUUGAAACUCAUUACGUUUACUAA